ACUUGGUGGCACCUGUACAAACAUUAUAGAAAAAUGAUAAAAAUAACAGAUUUUAUUCAGCUGCUGCUAAUUUAACACUUAUAAGUUAUUUUAUCAGUGAUAUACACCAGAUACAGUUUGUACAUAUGUUAUUACAGAAUAUCAUCAGGGAAAAACAAUUCCUAUUACUCCUUCUGUUUGAGCCACUUCAGUAGCAAGCAAUAUUUAUUUAUAUAGCACUUGCCAUAAAAAGGAGUCAUCAAGUGCUGUCAUGAAAAUAAUGAAAAACAGCAGAAAGUUUUAUAGCAGGUAAAACAAUAAACAAAAAUGUAAAAGAAAUUAAAAGACACCAAAAAAGUAAAAAAGAUACUAGACUCGAUGAGAAAACAUAUACUGCACUAAAGCAGAACUCACACAACACACUCUACUGAAAUUCCAGACUAUAUAUCUCUGGCUGACUUCCACAGACUCAGCAAACCUCAGUGAACAGGCAGAGUAUUCCAAUAGUUGGACAUGAUAGUCUCAGUAUGGUUCUCCUCAGUACGAUUGUCCAAGGAGGAAAAAGAAAACGUCAAUACUAAAAUUAAUUUAAAAUUAAGCUGUAUUUCAGCUGAAUGAAGCAAAUACGGCACCUAUUGUUCCAAAUAAUUAUCAUAACACAACAUGGCUUCAAAGAGAAAGGCCUCUACUCGACUAACAGCUAUGUAGUUGAUGUUCAUUAUUGCAGGCUUAAUGGGUCAUGGAUGCAAUAUUGAGCUGUGUCAGACCACAUGGAAAAUCGUUCGGGUCGCUGGCUGUACAGAGCAGGGGGGGAACCAUAGCUGAACUUACCAGAGAGUCCAGACUGUGGGGAAGUACAAUGAGCAAAUAAAGAGUGAAAUCUGGAGCAGAGCAGUUGAAGGGGUUUCAGGCCGGUUCAAUCUUUCACAAAGCCUGGAUGUUUCCCUGGCCAAGUGUUUUUGUGAGUGAGAGAGAGAGAGCCAAGGAGGAGAUUCUGUGUCUGCAUGGAUUUAAAAGUGUAAAUUUGAUUCACCCACAGAGUUACUUUUCCCAAUUUAUAAAUAUAGUCUGUGAUUAAUUACUUGAUUGAAGAUGCUGUAAAUAACUUCUAUGAGGACUGUAAAUAACUGGUCGUGCAUCAACGUACAGGAUUACGUUAAGUAUGUGAUUGGGUACAUUAGCACUUUCGUUAACAACAAUGCCAACACCUUUAACAUGGUCAUUCCCCACAAACACACCCAUAAACUGUCUACACUUGGCCUGUACCUCACCUGGACUCUUUGACUGGGAAGCCUCAGUCUGUCAGUGUUGGUAAUAAACCUUCAGCCGGUAUUACUAUAAACAUGGGCACUCCACAAAGAGGCAUUUUCAGUCCCAUCCGCUACACUCUGUUCACCAACAACUGUGUUACCUAUCACAAAGAUAACAUCAUCUUAAAGUUUGUGGACAACACCAUCCUGAUAGGACACAGUACAUACAAAGCGACCCACAGAAGGGAGGUCUGAUGUCUAUGUGCGAGAACAACAACCUCACUCUCAACACAGCCAAGACAAAAGAGAUCAUAGUGGAAGAAGAGGGGAUUCCACCUGCCACCGGUCAUCUGGGAGCUGGAAGUGGAGAGGGUACGCUGCUUGGGUAUCUACAUCAGUGAGGACGUGUAAUACCAAGUAGUCUGGUAUGUUGCCUAAAAUCCUCAGCAGUGUCUACAGCUGCAUUGUGGAGAAUAUCUUGACCAGUACAGUAAUGCCAGUGCUAUGCACCACAAAUGCCUGCAAAGUAGUGAGGACUGCCAAACAAUUUUCAAGUUUUCACAAUUGAUUAUUAAGUAUUUAUUGGCAUCAGACAAACUGGAAAGGAUGCCACUGCCUAUUGAACAGAAUUUUUGUAAUAUGGAACAAUAAAGGCAUUAAUGUGAUUGGUUAAAAAAGUUGGGCCAAGGCAAGGGUUUAAACUUGGCCCUCCCUUUAUGGUCUUUGUCCAUCCCUUGGUCAUGUUUCAUCUUCUGCACUGGGCUUGUCCUGCAAGAUAAGAGCAGACAACUCCUCCCACUUCACCAUGGCAACAACUCUGUCAGCCCUGGGGAGGAAGGGUGAGAGGGAUGAAAGAGAGAGAGAAAGAGAGAGCGCUCUUCUCUAAAACUUUUGAAUAAAACUUUUGAACAAGAUGGAAAAAAAGUCACAAAAUACUUGCACUAUAAGAAAAAUUCUAAAAACAAGCAGCAUAGCCUGCUAAUCUUCUGUCAAAAAGUUAUUAGGCCUUUUUUAAUGAAAUAAAUUGAUUUUUACAGUAAUCGCCAUUAAACAGGCAUUCAGUUAUUGGCAAAAUGGAAACAUUCUUAUUUACAGCACAGCCUCUGUAUCAAUAACUUCUUUAUCAAAUCUGUACCACUAGUACUCAACACCUGUAGAACUAAUAACACGUAGGCUUCAUUUUGUGUUAAAUAUAAAGCUAUUUUAUUUCACUCUAUUUCUCCUUUGACAAGAUCAGUAAAUUGCAGUUACACCAACAUGAAUAAAUAAAUUCACAAACUGAACAUCUUUUAAACAAACUUUCCAGGUAUAAGUUGUAUCUCAUGUGAAUGUGUUCUUAUAUAUGCAUUCAAGUAUUCGCUCGUCUAUUGUAAGACACAUAUGAUCUUGGGUAUCAUCUGAUUCUUAAUCCAUAAAGUUCAAUCUCAUGUCGACCCAGCCUUUGCAACUAUCACAGCCGAAAUUGUGGUUUAUUAAAAUGGGACAAACAGACAAAUGGCACAGCUGUCGUGCCGAAAAUAAAUGCGCACUAUCACAAUAUCAUAGUGACUUUUCCAGUUACGAUCACAUGGCCGCAAACUCGGUACAGUAGAAAUGCGGUAUAGCUUACAAACGUAGUCCUUGUGCGUGUGUGUGUGUGUGAGAGAGAGAUUUCACUGUAUUUCUAAGUUUUUUCACUUAGAAAAAACGGUGAACCUGUCAGAGGGCUGAAGACUUGAAAACUAUUUCUCUUUGGAAAAGCGAGCGAAAUCCCUCACCUCGGGAAACCCAGGUGCAACACUUUGAAGCACAUUGGUUCCGUUUAGGUGGCCCCACUUUACAUUUUCAGCAUAAAGUAAAAAAAAACAACACACACAUUUGUUUUCACUACAGGUGCAAUUACUUACUGUGGUACGUUUUCUUAAUACCGAAAUAUUAUGUCUGCAGUGUUUUUAAUUGCAAUCAGUGACGUGAUGAUAAUGUAAUGCUCACUGUAUAAAGCAUCAAUACGCCUCUCUCACUCCUCUGGCAUCCACCCUCUCUCCCCACAUAUGUUUGAAGCUCGCUCUAUCACAGCCAGUCUCUGGCCCAUCUCGAAGCUUGUGCAGCAACAAUCUGCCAAUAGCGAGCCUGCUGAGGUGGGGAGAGAGCGAGCACAAGCACAUACUAUACAGCGUGCGAAGCUCGUGUUUAUAUGUAAUAUGUGAGCAGCAGGAAGCAGCUCGCUCUGCUCAUUGCAGAAGGACGGCAGGAUGGCGAGAGGACGGCGGGGUCUCGUGGCCCCUCAGAACACGUUUCUAGAGAACAUCGUCCGCCGGUCCAACGAUACCAAUUUUGUGCUGGGAAACGCUCAGAUCGUGGAGUGGCCAAUCGUCUAUAGCAAUGAUGGCUUCUGUAAACUCUCUGGCUACCAUCGUGCUGAGGUCAUGCAAAAGAGCAGCACCUGCAGCUUCAUGUAUGGAGAGCUGACAGACAAGGAAAUGAGUGAGAAGGUUCGACAGACCUUUGAGAACUACGAGAUGAACUCUUUUGAGAUUCUGAUGUACAAGAAAAACCGUGAGUAUUUAAUAGUACUGGAUAUGACCGUGUAAGCUGCAUCCAAAAAUGUUUGUAUGAACUGCUUCCUCAAAAACCCAGAUACCUAAGGAUCUCAAGAAAUCUAGAAAUUGUAUAUAUGCUAAUCUGGGACACACCAUGCUAAAAGCUCACAGCCUUUUAAUUACUUAGCCAGGGGUCAGCAACCUUUAACACCCAAAGAGCCAUUGGACCCGGUUUCCACGCAAAAGAAAACACUGGGAGCCGCAAAUACUUUUUGA